GGUCUGGGACAGAAAAUUCCAGUCACAAUGAAGCCGGCGGUGGACGAAAUGUUCCCGGAGGACGCGGGGCCGUACGUGGAUCCGGACGAGGCAGGAGGAAGUUCAGGACUUCUAAGGGAUCUAGCAGCUAAUGAAAAAGCAGUCCAUGCAGAUUUCUUUAAUGAUUUUGAAGACCUCUAUGAUGAUGACGAUAUUCAGUGAUUUGUUCUCCAAGCUUCACCAUCUGAACCACUGUACAUUUUCAAACGAGGAGGAGGAAAAGAAUGGUUGACACCUUGGAAGGACUGCUGCUAAUGCUCUAUGGGCAAAUGUGCAAAGCAGGGCAUUUUUGAGAAGGAGUCCAUAUUUUACAA